UCCUCCAACCUUCUGAUGAGACGAGAGAGGCAGCGAAGGGAGCAAGUCAGCCACAGCAUCUCAUCACCACUUGCUCUCUGGACCUGCUUCAGAUGGGCUCUUUUUUUUUUUUUUUUUUUUUAGAUUAUUAUUAUUAUUUUUGAAGCUGUCCUUGUCCGCGUUGCUCUCAUUUAACCACCAGGUGUGUCCUUAGAGUCCGCUCCAGACUACUUUUUGGUGGACAAACUCGGACCGAAAGGGAUGCGCCAGUCAUUGCAUUUUGGCUGAGGACUGAACAUGGCUCACAGGAGAGCAAUCCCCAGUGAAAUGAGGCCACUCAUUUCUCAGGUUAAUCGUCAAAUAAUUGAAGGCUAACCGCAAACUUUGAAUAUUUCUGCUGAGGGCUGAGGAAAAAGAAAAAAAAAAUAUAUCUACAUAUAUAUAUCUCCCUUGACGACUGUCGGCAGACCAGACGCGGUUGCAGUCUUCUGAAUUUGAAUGCGGGAAAGUUCUAAACGGAUUGAGUGGCAGCUGAAGUUAUUUUGACGCGACAUUCCGGGCUGGUGGAUGUAGCAGCUUUUGGACGGAUUGCGGCCACGCGCUCAUCCAAGUCUCUUGGUUCAGGAAGAUCUUCUCAUGACCCCAUGGAACGGAAUUUACUAGUGAUGCUACUUUGGCUCCCGGUGCUGCUCUGCAGCUUCGCUGAAGGCAGCAUUAUGUAUCGGGUCCAAGAAGAGCAACCUCCCAACACUCUUAUUGGUAGUCUGGCUGCAGACCACGGGCUGCCAGACUCAGGUCAUCUCUACAAGCUGGAGGUGGGUGCCCCUUAUCUACGUGUUGAUGGAAAGACUGGAGAUAUUUUCACCACUGAGAUCCCCAUCGACAGAGAGACACUGAGAGACUGCCGGUUGCUUGUUAGGGGUAAGCCCUGCUACCUGGAAUUUGAAGUAUCCGUAACAGAUCUGAUACAGAACCAGAGCCCUAGACUCAUUGAAGGACGCAUUGAGGUACAGGACAUCAAUGACAACACCCCGCAGUUCCCGUCUUCUGUGCUCACUAUAUCCGUCCCUGAGAACACGAUCAUGGGGGCACUGUUCUCCAUACCGUUAGCAACUGACAGAGACUCAGAAAGGAAUGGGGUGAAUGAUUAUGCCCUGACAGCAGGACAAGAUGCAGAAACACUGUUUGGUUUACAAGUGGCAGAUGACAGGGGUGGCAAGCUCCCACAGCUUAUUGUUCUGGGCAACUUAGAUCGCGAGAUAAAGGAUUCCUAUGACCUUACCAUAAAGGCUGUGGAUGGAGGAAACCCACAGCGCUACAGCAGUGCUUUGCUGCGAGUGGUCGUCACUGAUGCCAAUGACAAUUCACCCAAGUUUGAAAAAUUGACAUAUGAAGCAGAAGUAUCGGAGAACAGUCCAGUGGGGCAUUCAGUGCUGCAGGUUAAAGCAAAUGACUCUGACAUGGGCCCUAAUGGAGAAAUUGAGUACACACUUCAUCAAGCAGGAGACCCAGUGCCAAAACUCUUACGAAUAGAUCGGUCCACUGGUAUCAUCUAUGUCAAAGGACCACUGGACCGAGAGGAGAUUGACAGCCUGUCCUUCUACGUGGUAGCAAGGGAUAAGGGUCCACAACCGAAGAGCUCAAAGACCUUUGUUACCAUUGAGGUGAAUGACCAAAAUGACAAUGCUCCAGCUGUGGAGAUUCGUGGCAUUGGUCUUGUGACUCACAGUGACGGAGUAGCUAACAUUUCAGAAGAUAUGCCGGUGGGAACCGCUGUUGCUUUGGUGCAAGUGUCUGACAAGGACGAGGGAGAGAAUGCUGUGGUCACAUGUGUGGUUGCGGGGGAUGUGCCCUUCCAGCUCCGCCCUAUCAGUGACUCAUCCAGUGACAACAAGAGGAAAUAUUUCCUACAAACAACCACUCUCCUCGACUAUGAAAGGGUGAAGGAUUAUCGAGUGGAGAUUGUGGCCGUAGAUUCUGGGAAUCCUGCGCUCUCUAGUACUAACUCGUUGAAAGUACAGGUAACUGAUGUAAAUGAUAACUCUCCAGUAUUCUCCCCAACCUUGUUUGAGGUAGAUUUUGCAGAAGAAAAUCAACCUGGAGAAAAGGUUUUGGAUGUUAUAGCUUCAGAUGCGGACAGCGGCACAAACGCAGACCUUCUCUAUCACAUUGUAGCAGACACAUCCAUCAAGGGUCUGUUUGAGAUUGAUCCAAAAACAGGGGAAGUCAAAGCUCGGAACCCACUUGAUCGUGAGCACAAAGAACACUAUGAGUUCCGGGUCACUGCAGCUGACAAAGGCUCACCUGUCCAUAAAGGAACAGCAACUGUUGUAAUAAAAGUCCUUGACCGCAAUGACAAUGACCCCAAAUUUAUGCUGAGUGGCUACAGCUUCUCAGUUUUAGAAAACAUGCCUCCCCUGAGCCCUGUUGGCAUGGUAACAGUCAUGGAUGCUGAUAAAGGUGAAAAUGCUCAUGUUCAACUCUCUGUAGAGUCUGAUGGAGGGAAAUUUGUUGUUCAAAAUGGAACUGGGACCAUUCUCUCAAGCAUUUCAUUUGACAGGGAGAAAGAGAGCAGCUACACUUUCCGUCUAAAAGCAGUGGAUGGGGGGCAACCACCCCGGUCUUCUUAUGUGGGUGUUACCAUCAAUGUACUGGAUGAAAAUGACAAUGAUCCAGUUGUUACAAAACCCUCCAAUUCUUCCUUCAGACUUUUGUCACCCCUUGCGUCCGCUGAUAGUCAUGUGGAAGUGGUGGAAGCUGAAGACCUUGACAGUGGGGUCAACGCAGAGCUGGUCUUCAGCAUUGCAGGUGGUAACCCUUACCAGUUAUUUCGCAUUUCGCCGUCCAGUGGAGAGAUUACGCUAGCAAAGGAGAUGGCCCCAAAAUAUGGCGGACUCCAUCGCCUGGUGGUAAAAGCGACUGACAGAGGGAAGCCUGCACGUCAUGCCACUGCCUUGGUCCAUAUCUAUGUCAAUGAAACCAUUUCAAACGUCAGCUUAGUGGAGGCUCUAAUUGGACACAGUCUCUACACUCCGCUAGACAGGGAUAUUGCUGGUGAUCCUGACAAUGGCUUUGCUGCACAACGGAGCAACAUUUUGUUUGGAAGCCUUGCUGGGGUGGCAGGUGUUGUGAUGCUUAUCUUGGUGGUGGUUUUUAUUCGACACCGCAUCCAAAGAGAAACAAAGAGUGGAUAUCAAGCGGGCAAGAAGGAAACAAAGGACUUGUACGCACCUAAACAGGCACCAAAAAAUGUCAAAGGGAAACGAGGUAGGAAAGGAAAACCUCAGAAAUCCCCAAAACCACUUGGGGAAGAAGAGGAGGUCAGCCUCCAAAAAAGCCUCAAAUUCAACCUUGACGCAGUCAAUGAUAGCCCAAGGAUACAUCUGCCCCUGACUUACUCACCAGAAAGCCCUGAUAUAGGUCGGCACUAUCGCUCCAACUCCCCGCUGCCCUCCAUUCAGCUACAGGCCCAGUCUCCCUCGGGCUCACAAAAACAUCAGGCAGUCCAAGACCUUCCGGCUACUAAUACCUUUGUCGGCACUGGAGGAGAUGACAACUCUACUGGGUCAGACCAGUACUCUGAUUACAGCUACAAGACCAGUCAACCCAAGUACAACAAACAGCAUCCCCAUCGGCGAGUGACCUUCUCCACCACCAACCCUGUGCAGGACCUGCAGGAUGCCUCUCAGCACAGUUACUAUGACAGCGGCUUGGAAGAAUCAGAGACACCCAGCAGCAAGUCAUCGUCUGGCCCUCGCAUCGGACCCUUGAACCUGCCUGAAGACCACUAUGAGCGAACCACUCCAGAUGGCAGCAUUGGAGAGAGCGAGCACCCUGAAAACGCUGAUAAUGGAGCGGACUAUGUCAAUACCAACUGCUGGAUCUGCGACCAGAAAGGACAAGUUGUUUUUUUGUUAGAGACGUUUGUGGGGAAAAAAGCCCCAUCAAGCGAUCCCCUGUGGCAAGUUGUCUUGAGUACGCCUAUAAUUCCGAGAUCAUUCUCGCACACGCAUUGUGCUGCUGCUGUUCGUUCCCCACCGCUUGUUUGUAAUUUUAUUGCAGAGCAAAUAGGUCACUGGAAGAGCCUAACUGGAGCAGAAUUAAACUUUCUAACCUGGAUUAGGUUUUGACACCACAGAGAGACAAUGGUUUAUCAUCACCCUAGUUUACCAGGGGCCUUCAGCAACAUCACGUCUGGGUCUGAAAUGAAACCAAUGAUGUGUCAAGUCUUCACAAUAUCCUGAAUUUAAAUAUCUUGCUUGUGUGAUCGCAAAGCAAAUGUGACUACACACUGAAAAUGUGGUCCUGACAGCAGAUAACCGUAAUUGCCAAACAACAGCAGGAAGGCCAAACCUUUGAAUGAGGUAAUGUGAGACACAAACUAUUAACUGAAGCAAAUUAUGAAAUUGGCUGAUUUUAAAUAUGAGCUGACAUCGAUUAAAGUAGCGGAGAUUGCAGCCACAUGUGAAAUCUAGAGGGGACCAGAAUAGAAACCCCAUUAUCCCAAUAAAUCUACCCCCUCCAAAUUCAUUCCUCGUUCAUUUGUGCAUUAAAGUGAUUUCUCUGUGGUUUCAUCAUUGUGUCUUGCUGACUUGAAUAACAAUAGAGAUGAUUAUAUUUUUUGGGGGGGGGGUUAAAAAAAAACUGACAUUUGUUGGGUUUUAGUUCACCUACUGUUAAGAAUGCUAUAUUGACAAUUAUGAUGAAAAAAUGAAAAUACUGAUUAUGUUUGUGUAAUGUUUGAAUGUAAUAUUGUUUGAGCAAUGUCAGAGAAAAGAAAGGGCAUUCAAAAAAAUCAUAUACUGUAUGCAAUGUCUUCAUGGGGCAUAGUUAAAGCACCUUCACUUACAGUAAAUGUUGAUUAACACUGGCUUUUAUUAAAAUGAUGAAAUCCAUGAUUAGUGUUCGGAAUUACUGCCCCCCCCCCCAAAUAAAAAAAGCUAAGUAAAACAAAAAACAAAAAAAAUAACAGCAGACAUUAGACUUCAUGUGGUUUCAACACCGCAUUGCUGCUCAACAUUUCGGGGUUUUGCACUAAGCUUGUGAACUGAAUGAGCGGUGCCUUAAUCAGUGUCCCUAAGCUUCAGAUGUGCUCAUGUGUUACUGUAACAAAUAGGAAUGGCUUGCUUUAUUUUGGGAUGAAUUUCGAUAGUAUUAUAUUGUCAACUCUAAGCACAUACAUGAGCAACAGUGUACUGAAGCAGCAGGUUUGGAGCUAGUAGUGUGUUUGGAACGUGGGCUUGAAAGUACACAUUUGCUGAUGCGUCAUGAUUAUAGUACUGGUACAUGGUACGUGAAGAAAGUAAGUAAGUAUCCCUGGUAUCUCUUGUGGUUAUGAGUGGUCCUUGAUGCUAUGUGUCUACUGGUAAAAUCAUGAGAUGGUGGCGUUAAACUUUAAGGAUGAUUUUAGAGGUUUGCUCUCUUAACUAUCAUCGAAUAUGUGAUUUGCAGACAAGGGAGAGUGCUAUGCGUCUUGGCGGCAAUGCUAGUGGAGGGCCAGACCCUCUUCGACCUCACUUUGUCGAGCAGUUCAGGCGGGCAUCAUAAUAAAGCCCUGAAGUGUCAUCCCGCCACACUACGUUGUCGGCGACCAAGAGCUACUGAAACUCGCUCUCGCUAGUGUUCUGACCCUUAAUGAUGGAUGGAACCUGAGGGAUUGGAUUCACACUGUAUCGCUGUGACAUGAAUUCCCUGAUUUCGAGUAGAAUGGAGUGUCUUUUAGAUGCUCUCACAGUCAAAGGAGGAUAUUGCAGUUCAAGGGCCUUCCAUACUUCAUAAUGACUAUACACAGUGUCAAAAGUAAUGUAACGCAGCAGUAUGUUCUUGUACAUUUCCUUCCAGAUGAAAAUAAGCACCCAGUGAAAGGAUCAAUUACUAAUUUACAAUAUUGUGUUCAUGUAAUCUAUAGUCAACACGCCUCAAGCAAUAGAGGAAAUGAAAAAUAAAUGUGUCUUCCAAAGCUUACGUGCAAUGCAUGUUAUUAUGUUAUGCAUCCAAGGUGCCAUCACAUUUGUUUUACUGUGCAGUUAAAACUAAAUGCCACAAUCUUAUUUUAUGUAUUUAUUUAUUUAUUUAUUAACAGUGUCAAAUCUCACUCGCUAAUCCCUUGGCUGUUGUUUGAAAAGUCUGUCUUUCAAAGCAUACUUUUUCACAUGAGCUCUCCCUGAAGAGUUCUUGUUCUGCAACAAUCCUGACAGAAAUGUUCUAUCAUGAAACUUUCUUCCCAUGCCAGCUUUCUAUUGAAUGUCUGCUUUAAUUAGGCAGUCAACUCCAUGACACUGGAAUAUUGUCACUGAUUUGUGAGGGUUUCUGUCAGAGAUUCUUGUGGCUCUUGCAAUUCAUCGGUGAAAGCCAGAGGUCUGUUGCUCUUUAAGCGGUGCAUUGCAAGGCAUCUACACGUGUCACUCAUCUUGAUGAGCUAUCUACUGUGUCUGGCAGGGAAAUGAGGUGGCCAUCAUACACAGGCACUGAAGAACAGAUGGCAAGUACAGCCAUAAAAAAGACUGAUGUUUACUCAUGUUGUGCAUUUGUUUAUUGCCACAUCUUUAUUUGAAUACCUUAAUGUACUACAGGUAUAGAGAUAUUCAAAUACUUACGAACUUGUCUACCAUUGUUGUUUUUUUUUUUACUAUUAUUUUUAAAAAUGGCCACAAUGUCAACAUUGACAUCACACUUGAAAAAGCAAUCUAAUCCAGUGUGCAUGACCAAAUAUAUGCAUGAUGAUUAACGUUUCUUUUUAGUAGCUCCAAAAGUGUGGUAUGUCCCCUGCUGGUAUUCUAAUUUGAUAAACAUGUACGAGUAUAUAGCCAUGCUAAUGCUCCUUAAAACAGGGACUAAAGUGCAGGUGUCAUAUUUGUUUUCAAUGCAGUACGUACACCAUUGUGGAGCGUGUUGUGGCAGUCAAGUGAUACUCAUGUUGCUAUUAAAAAAAAAAACAACAAAAAAACACAUCUUAUUUUUAUUGAUGGGGGGGAGGUGGGGGGGGCAACAGGAUAAGCAGAGUCAGACUUCCAUUUCCUCAACCACUUUGACCAGUUCUUGCACCGAUAUCCCAAGGUGUUUCCAUGGUCUCGGAUUUAGAAGUGCUGAUUCUCAUAUUAAUUUUUUCCACACUCGGCUGUGAACCAAUCAGUGAGAGUUGAAGAUUGUGGCCCAAGUGGCCCAAGUGACGCAGUCAGAAUGCACACACAAGCACAAUUCGGCUUAGCUCCUUCUUUACCAUAACGGACCGAUACAAAGUCCGCAUCACUGCAGACGCUGCACCGAUCCGCCUGUCGAUCUCCCGUUCCAUUCUUCCCUCACUCGUGAACAAGACCCUAAGAUACUUGAACUCCUCCACUUGGGGCAGGAUCUCAUCCCCGAACUGGAGAGGGCAUGCCACCCUUUUCCGACGGAGGACCAUGGUCUCCAGUAUUGAAGUGACAUUCUGAAACUGGUUCAUGGUUACUACGUAAUGAAAAUCUAAUUAUGAUGUAAUGUUCUAAAAUGAAUUUAGCCACAUCAAGAAAAUAAAAAUGUUCCCUAGAGAAAGUUGAGAUGAUUGUACACUGUUUUUGCAUUUCAUGUAAUACGAUACACUGAAACAGUUGUUUAAUUACUUUGUGUGAGUCUUAAUAGUGCGACAAUUAUUGUUUGAAUAUUGUUGCUAAUGUGAAGAUAUAUCCAGAUACAAGAUAUAUAUAUAUAUACCCCUUGGCCUCUAGUUUCAGGAUAUGAGGUAUAAUCAAAUGAUGGGUUGUCCAGGAAUAACCAGAGCUACAACUCAAUAUACAUCGAGGCCAUUUGGUUGAAACCUUUCUGUUCUUCAUCGUGUAGUCCAUUCAGACAGCUUGGAGGUGGGUAGAUCCAUGUGUUAAUGGGGUCUCACACUGUUGCGAUCAAAGGUAGAAUUAACCAAGGGAUACGUGACGAUCAAUAUGGGGGAGGGAAAAAAAGCAAAUGGCUCAUGGAAAACAUGUUUUUUUUGUCGACACGAUCAAUGAAUGAAUGAUAGAGGAGGAGACAGCUUUUUGUCCCUGGAAUUCUAAAAGGGAUUUUUUUCUGACAGCAUAUUGGAUGAUGCUGAUGAUGAUUGUUUUUUUUUUUUUAAUAAAUGAAAAAUGUGUGUUUGUGUGUGUUUUUAAUGCAAGCACUGCGGAAUGACAUUAACAUGAACCCAAUGCCACUCAACUAGAAAAAAAUCAAUGUAUGUGUACUGUAAGUGCAUGGGACAUUUGGUUCAAAGAAACAAACACAUUAGCAGUAGGCCUAAAUACACUGUAUGUGGGGUUACACACACAGUUGUUGCACACUGAGGCAUCAUGGAUCUGCUGGAGCCGUAGGGUGAUGUCACUAUGGCACACAGGUCAAUAGAGUGAAGACAUAAAACACCUGAAAGCUUUCAAAUGCUUCAGAGGCAGGGGCCAAUCAAGAAAAAAACAAAAAACAAGAGGACUAGACAUUCUUGGUCUCUCCAAGUAAAUGUCACAGUCAUCAGCAA